AUGGGUCUGUUUAGUUCAAACAAACCUCCACAACCACCUCUACCAACCCUUACAAUUCAUCUCUACAGCCCGGCCGAAACGGUCUUCAAGCCCAACGACCAAGUCUCAGGCCACGUCAUACUCACGCCCAUCGAGUCGAUAAAUCCACGCGCUGUCGAAGUCUCCCUGUUCGGACAGUCGCUUGUCUGGCUCCGGACUUCUCACAGCAGCAGCAACAACCACACAUCGUACUAUCAUUUCCGAGAUAACGCACCCCUAUUCGAGGUCACGACCGAUGUACUGCUGAACCAUGACCUUCAAGCAGGCCAGGUGUAUACGUUUCCUUUCAGUUUCCGCUUCCCAGAAGGGACGGGUAAUAGUAGGGUCGCAAGCUACAAGAAAUCAGACGAUGCACGGUGGACCGUCGGACCUCACAACCUGCCACCGUCGUUCUUUCACGGGUCCAAGUAUGCGCACGAUCUUGAUGACGCGGACUUUGCGAAGAUUGAAUACGGC